AUGGGCGGAGCCAGCACAGGCGCAGGCUUCAUCUACGAUGCCGCACUGAACAGACGCCAGGCCCUCAUGGGCAAGAGCGGCCCAGGAGCUCUGGUCGAGAACUUCAGGGUCUUCAGCAUUGCCGCCUUCGCCUGCAUCGGCGGAGUCCUGUACGGCUACAACCAGGGCAUGUUCUCGGGUGUGCUCGCCAUGCCGUCUUUCCAGAAGCAUAUGGGGGACUACGACCCACUGGACCCGAACGCCGACCAGACCAAGAAGGGCUGGCUGACGUCGAUUCUCGAGCUGGGCGCCUGGAUCGGCACCCUGCUGUCUGGGUUUCUGGCUGAGACUCUCUCGAGAAAGUACGGCGUGCUGGUGGCUUGUGCCGUCUUCAUGCUGGGUGUCAUCGUCCAGGCUACGUCGGUCACGGCGGGACAUGACGCGAUCCUGGCUGGUCGAUUCAUCACCGGAAUGGGGGUUGGAAGCUUGGCCAUGAUCAUUCCCAUCUACAACUCUGAGGUCGCGCCCCCUGAAGUUCGUGGAGCUCUUGUGGCCACGCAGCAGCUGGCCAUUUGCUUCGGCAUCAUGAUCAGCUUCUGGAUUGACUACGGCACCAACUUCAUCGGCGGCACGUCCAUCGACACGCAGACGGAUGCGUCCUGGCUGACGCCCAUCUGCCUCCAGCUGGCUCCCGCCAUGAUCUUGUUUAUCGGCAUGAUCUUCAUGCCCUUCUCACCCCGUUGGCUCGUCCACCACGGGCGCGAGGAAGAGGCCCGCAAGGUCCUGUCCAGCCUCCGCGGCCUCUCGGCUGACCACGAGCUGGUCGAGCUCGAGUUCCUCGAGAUCAAGGCGCAGUCGCUCUUCGAGAAGCGCACCAUAGCCGAGAUGUUCCCCGAGCUCCGCGAACAGACGGCCUGGAACACGUUCAAGCUGCAGUUUGUCGCCAUCAAGCGGCUGUUUCAGAGUCGCGCCAUGUUCAAGCGCGUCAUUGUUGCUUCUGUGACCAUGUUCUUUCAGCAGUGGACCGGGAUCAACGCCGUUCUGUACUACGCGCCGACAAUCUUCAAGCAGCUCGGGCUCAGCGACAACACCACGUCGCUGCUGGCGACGGGGGUGGUGGGCAUCGUCAUGUUCCUAGCGACGAUCCCGUCGGUGCUGUGGAUCGACCGCGUCGGGCGCAAGCCGGUGCUGACGGUAGGCGCGAUUGGCAUGGCCACGUGCCAUAUCAUCAUCGCCGUCAUCGUUGGCAAGAACAUCGACUCGUGGGACGAGCACCCGGCCGCCGGCUGGGCCGCCGUGUGCAUGGUCUGGCUCUUCGUCAUCCACUUUGGCUACUCGUGGGGCCCGUGUGCCUGGAUCAUCGUCGCCGAGAUCUGGCCCCUCAGCACCCGCCCCUACGGCGUCGCCCUCGGCGCCUCGAGCAACUGGAUGAACAACUUCAUUGUCGGCCAAGUCACCCCCGACAUGCUCAAGAGCAUCACCUACGGCACCUACAUCCUCUUCGGCCUGCUGACGUACCUCGGCGCCGCGUUUGUGUGGUUCUUUGUGCCCGAGACCAAGCGCCUCACACUGGAGGAGAUGGACGUCAUCUUCGGCUCUGAGGGUACCGCCCAGGCCGACUUUGAGCGCAUGGAGGAGAUCAACGCCGAGAUCGGCCUCAAACAGCUCCUGCAAAGCGAGAGCCGCGGCGAGCAGGCGGCCGUCGUGUCCGAGAAGGAGAGGAACGGCAACGGCGAGCACAGCGAGGGCGCCUGA